AUGGACAACCUCACCUCUGCGGCUGGGAAUGGCAGCCUGUGCACCAGAGAUUACAAAAUCACCCAGGUCCUCUUCCCGCUCCUCUAUACCGUGCUGUUUUUCAUUGGACUCAUCACAAACAGCCUGGCAAUGAGGAUUUUCUUUCAAAUCCACAGUAAAUCCAACUUUAUUAUUUUCCUUAAGAACACAGUCAUUUCUGAUCUUCUCAUGAUUCUGACUUUUCCAUUCAAAGUCCUCAGCGAUGCCAAACUGGGAACAGGACCGCUGAGAGCCUUUGUGUGCCAAGUGACCUCCGUUGUAUUUUACUUCACGAUGUAUAUCAGUAUCUCAUUUCUAGGACUGAUAACGAUCGAUCGCUACCAGAAGACCACCAGGCCAUUUAAAACAUCCAACCCCAGCAAUCUCUUGGGGGCUAAGAUUCUCUCUGUCGUCAUCUGGGCCUUCAUGUUCUUACUCUCCUUGCCUAACAUGAUUCUGACCAACAGGAGGCCAAGUGACAAGAAUGUGAAGAAAUGCUCAUUCCUGAAAUCAGAGUUUGGUCUGGUCUGGCACGAAAUAGUCAAUUACAUCUGUCAAGUCAUUUUCUGGAUUAAUUUUCUAAUUGUCAUUGUAUGCUACACGCUCAUUACAAAAGAACUGUACAAGUCAUACGUGAGAACAAGGGGCGUCGGCAAAGUCCCCAAGAAAAAGGUAAACAUCAAAGUUUUCAUUAUCAUUGCUGUAUUUUUUAUUUGUUUCGUUCCUUUCCAUUUUGCCCGAAUUCCCUACACCCUGAGUCAAACGCGGGAUGUCUUUGACUGCUCUGCUGAGAACACUCUGUUCUACGUCAAAGAGAGCACUCUCUGGUUAACUUCCUUAAACGCGUGCCUGGAUCCAUUCAUCUACUUCUUCCUUUGCAAAUCCUUCAAAAAGUCCUUGAUGAGUAUGCUGAGAUGCUCCAAUUCUGCGUCAUCUCCAUCCCAGAAAAACAGGAGAAAAGGGCAGGAUGGUGGUGAUCCAAGUGAAGAGACCCCAGUGUAA